AUGGAAAGUGUUAGCCUUCAACGCGUCUGUUUCGACAUUGAGGAUCGUCCACCCCCAUCCUAUUGGAAUAACACUAAAGAAACGGUUCAUAGUUCGAGUCGAACACGUACAAAUAGCUCACAGUCGUCUGGAGCAGGUACACCAAUAUCUACAAGUUAUCCGAAAAUUUCCAAGAUUGAUCCGCAAGAAUGGCUGAAGGCGCCUGAAUUCAUACCACGAUCUAAGCAACUCCUUAACGAAUCCUUUCGCACUGAUAUGACAACACCAACAACAAACUAUAUGCAGAAUCAAGGCCCACUGAUGCCAACACUUGCAAUGAAUGGAUUCACAAAUAUUCCCGAAGCACCACUUCCCGCGCCACCUCGUGCUGCUCCUCCACUACCACCGUUUUCCUCUCUACCAACCAUCAUCGAUAUGCCACAGCCAGUUUAUCCAUCGCAUGGUACGAUAGGAUUUCCGUUAACAGCGCAGGCCACACGAUAUCCUCCAUUACCACGUUCAUUGGGAAUCGUUCGUUUUCCAAUACCACGCAUUACCACCACCACGCCAACACCAUUCCUCCUUCGUCCACCUCUCGGCCUUGUUCCACCCGGAUAUUCCGCUAAUAUCACGCAAAUUAAUGCUGGUAUGGGACCGCCUAUUCCGGCGCUUGUUCUUAAGAAGAAAAGACGUAAACGUCAUAGACGCUUAAAAGAAUUAUCCACUAAUCAAACAGAGAAAGAUGCAUCGAAUGUAGCUCAUCCAGUUGAUCCGAACGGUUAUGUCAGUGAAGGAGAUGAUAAUUCAACGAAAGAUUCCACUCAAUUUCGAUUGCAACUCGCCUCUUCAGAGCCAGAUCUCACUAAGAAUAGCAAUUCGAAACGAGCAUCAGAAGAGUCUGGCAAUAUUGAAGGCAGUUUACUACAUGGAUCGUGCCCUGAUCUUUCCGACUCACAGCUACAGUUAUGGGACUCUCUUCUCUACGAUGCAGUAGUGAAUGAACAACAACGAUUGGACAAUGAAACGUCGUCCAUCUUGCCUCGUGAUCGUUCAAAAUCACGUUCCGAAUGCCCUAUGCCUAUGGAGUAUGAAAUCGCUUCACGAGCAGUACUAUCAGCUAUCGAUUCGGCCUUACAUGCGGAUGGAAUAUGUUCAAAAGAAGUGAGGCGGCUUGAUAAGCAACUUCAAGGUAGGGACAACGUGGAUAAUCGUUUUGUUGAUUCGCCAGCAUCAACGACAAAAAGUUUGAAGGCUGAAAUCGAAGAGCUGUCAUUUAGGCCAACAAUUUCGCAUUAUGGCUACCCACAAAGUAAUCCGGUGCGUGCUCAUAUGGCAACAUUCAAUCCUGAUUAUAAUACAACUGAAUCGUCGAUUGUUGAUCGUGGGGAGGAGCAAGGUUAUGUAGAAGAUUGUUUCGAGGGAAUGCAUAUUCGUGUUAAUCGAUUCGAUGAGGGCGAUGGUGGGCAGACUGACAGAUCUUGUCACGAAUAUCGGUUAUUUUUUAGUGAUACAUUGUACUACACUAGUUCUGCAGAUAUCACUGCUGCCGAAAAUUUCUUUCCUUCAAUGAUGAAUUCUGAAGCAAAUAACCGAAAUAAUUCGAUGUGCAAGAAUCUUUUGUAUGAAAACUUUUUCCAGGAACUUGCACUCUCGGAUUCCGAAUUACCGAGGCCUUCCCGAUUUCAACAGAUUCAAUGGGCUUUACAGAGAGGUAAGGAGCAGUAUACUCGACUGGUACCACCCCAACGAGUUUGUUGCUCAUUGAUGUAA